AUGCAGAGUCAUAUACAGCACCACCACAGCUCGGGCCUUCAGGACUCGGGUCAGCAGGCGGUCCAGCAGCCGGAGAAGGUGGGCUGGAUCAGGAAGUUCUGCGGUCGAGGGAUCUUCAGGGAGCUCUGGAGGAACCGGUUUGUGGUUCUGAGAGGAGACCAGCUCUACAUCUCUGACAAGGAGGUGAAGGAUGAGCGGAGGGCACAGGAAGUGUUCGACCUGGCUGAUUACGAGCGUUCGGAGGAGCUGAGGAAAGCAAAGAGUCGCAGCAAGAAGAACCACAGUCGCUUCACUCUGCUGCGCUGCAGACGGCCGGGAAACGCCGUUCCUAACCUCGUGUUUCUGGCGGUGAGUCCGGAGGAAAAGGAAUCCUGGGUCAAUGCCCUCAAUGUGGCAAUCAUCAAAGCCAAGAACCGCAUUUUAGACGAGGUGACCAUCGAGGAGGACGGCGCUCUGGUUCAUCCCACCAGAGACCGGGCAAAGAUCCCUCAUGGCCGCCGGCUGCCAACCCGAGGACACCUUAUGGCCGUGGCGUCCACCUCCUCCCACGGCAUGCUGACCCUCGACCUGGUUGCUGAGGAGGAUGGUUUCUCCCCGGACUACGAUGGUGACUCCCGGGAAUCCUGGGAGAACCUCCACGGCGAACUUCAGAGGGGGGGUUCCAGUGGACAGCUUGGAUCUUGGGGGGUCGGAGUUCGUCAGCGAGCCGGCACCGACGUGUCGAAGCUGCGGGUGACCCCCAAGGAGCCCAAGGUGAAGACCAGCAGUCUGCCCAGGGGGAGCGAGCUGUCCUGGGGAAAACAGUCCUACCUGGAGGCCUCCAAGGUCCACAAGACCCAGCAGGUCCUUAAGGCUCAGUCUCAAACGCCGCAGCCGGGGAAGAGGUUCAGCAUGCAGGGCCGAAGUCGCUGUGCCUCCAUGGACGAAGUCCUCUCCUCCAGACCGGCGAUGAUUCGCUCUGAGUUGCGCUCGGCUCUUCGGCGUUGUCCGACUGAAGAGGAGGCAGGGGGCGGGGCUUCAGUGCAGCCGGUCGGUCAGCUGCAGAGCCUCAUUGCUCAGAGGAUGCAAAGAGCUCAGGAGCUGCUGGAGGAGAUGAGACUGCAGGAGCUGCAGAAGGCCAAAGCAGAGAGAGAACGAGGAGGCAGCUCACCGUACCUGAAGGGCAUCGACUCCCCCCGCCUCCACCACCUCAGGGGCUCAGACUCUCCUCACUCCAGCAGGUCGUCUGGAUCUCCGAGGAGCCGGAGCAGCGACUCUCCUCGCGUCCGGGGCAAAGACUCUCCCCGUCUGAGAGGACGAGAGUCUCCUCGAUCCAAAGCCAAGAGGAAUCGCUCCAAAGGGGCCGACUCGCCUCGUUCCAGAGGAUCACAUUCACCCGCCACUAAAGCAAACGACUCUCCUCGGACUCUCCGUUCACCAAAACUCAGGGGACCAUCCAGCUCCUCUUGUCCCAGCAAGGAGGACGAUUCUCCUGUACAGAAGUCCCCUGAAUCACCUCCAAGCGUCGGAGGAUCCGACUCCUCUCAGGUUAAAGCAUCUGAUUCACCACGAGGGAGUGAAACCGACUCUCCUCGUGUGGGGAGCAGCAAGGAGUCGCCCUGUCCGAGUCAGAAGAACUCCCCAAGCUUUUCCGGAUCCUUCGAGUCCCCGCAGCCCAAAACACCUGACAAACACCAGCAGUCUCCACCUCCGCCCUCCUCACCUCCCUCCCUGCUGUCGGAGGAGGACCCAGAGGUGGAAAGGAGGCGCGAAGAGGCCGAGCGCCUUCUGGAGGAGGCCGUGUCGUCGUGGAAGGAGGCGCAGGAAGUCCUGCAGGAGGUGAAGGAGCUGCAGAGCCAGACGCUGCGGCGGCAGCGCAGGAGGACCUACGAGAAGAUGACAUCGUCGGCGGCGACCGCGGCAGCAGAUGAGGAAGACACGCCCACCUCGCCGACAUCACCUGAAGAGGACGAGGAGUCCGAGACGCCGUGA